AUGAAGCUGCUCAAAUGGGUUAUUUUCGCUGCUUGCGCACUUGCUAGCCAGAAAAAGGAGUGCAGAAGCCAAGCAGGAGGAGCCGGACCUGAAGUUAAAUAUGUCACAUCAGACGGAUAUCCAGCCAAGUCGAAAACAGUUGAAGAAUGCGUCUGGAAUUUACAAGUAAACUACGGCCAAUACAUCAAAAUCAUGCCAUCUACGAUCUCAGUUCCCUGCUCUGGAGGCGGUGGAGUCGUCUUCAAAGAGCUCCUCAAAGAAGGGAAAAAAGAACGUGAAGUCUCUUCAAAAAUGUACUGCGGCGCAAAUGCGAAAAUUCCAUCCCUUGUGUCGACCGGAGUCCGUCUCGAAAUUUACUUCAAAGCUCCGCCUGGAAGCAAACUGAAGAUCGGCUACAAAAUGACAGAAUCGUCUGGCGGAACUACGGUGGCCCAGGCCGGCGGCGCCAGAGCAGUUGUCGGCGGCUCAAUCAAAUACAACCCGCACAAUAAAUUCACCUCUCGAACAAGUACAAGCUCAAACUAUGCACGAGAAGUUCCACUUUUAGGCUCAAAAACUCCGCCAAAAGUCGAAAGCAAGGGAAAUCCACUGGUGUUCCUUCUCGCCGGAGUGAUCGUCUGCGGCGUCGUAGGCUCCCUAAUGUACAAGUUCAUGUACGCGAAGGAGGAUGACUCCCCCGCGCCGGUGAUGGAGAAAAAAGCGGAAACGAAAGAAGUUUCGAAUUCCGCUCUUCGCACUUGCUCGGAGGAAACUACUGAUACAAAUCUCUCCUCGAAUUAA